UUCUCCUAAGCACUACUUAUAAUACAAUAAUUACUCCAUAAUCUCUCCCCUUUUCUACCUUUUCACACAAACAAAACCCCUUUUUCUCCCUUUUUUUUUCUCCUCAACUUUCUGUCACUCUCUUUGUUCUCUUUUCCUCUCAUCAAAAUUUCUGUCUUUUUUCCCCCACUGUGUAAACUCAGCCAAACUCCCCCAGCCCCUAUGCCUCCAGUCAUUUGUCUUCUGCUACCAUUUCCCCAUUGACCAAAUACCCUAAAAAGAAUCUUGCUGAAAAAUCUCAGACUCUUCACAAACAACAUAACAUACAAUUCACAAAGAAAUAACAUAAACCAAAAAACAAAAAACGUCAACAGUAAGCAACUCCUUCUUGAUUCUUGAUUCAGUGGCAAAAGUACACCUUAUUCUUAUCAUAAAGAAAACUCAUUUUUCCUUGGGAAAAAAAAACCAUCUGUUUACAAUGGGAGCUCCUUUUUUCUUCAUCUGUUUCUCAGCUCUGUACUACUUAGGAUCUUCUUCUUGAUUCAGUGGCAAAAAAAUAUUUCUUUCCUCGAAAAAAAAAAAAAGCAUCUGUACACAAUGGUGUUUCCCUUUUGCUUCAUCUUUUUCCUAUGUUUCUCAGCUCAGUACUUCUACUUAUCAUUUGCCACCACCACCAACCGCCGUGUUCUUCAUGAACCUUUAUACCCCAUAACCACCCCACCACCUACGCAACCCCCUACCCCCUCUCCCCCACCCCACACUGAAUACCCAUUUCAAGGCUCUACUCCUCCCAAUGAUAACAACAAUAAUGAUAAUAAUAACCCAUUUUUCCCAUCUUACCCUUCUGAUAUUUCACCUCCACCACCCCCACUACCCCCUACAGAUACUACUUCAGUUCCAGCAAAUGUUUCUUCCAUUAUUCUCCCAAACAACACCUCCAAAACCAAACCUGUUUCCUCUAAACUCACUAUAACAGCCGUUAUCUGUGUUCUUGCAGCUAUUAUUGUUCUUUCCAUCACUAUCUUCUUACAUAUACGUAAAAAAAGAAAACAAAAUGACCCCAAAACUCAAACAUCCAAUAAUAAUGGGUUUAAUCGUGAUAGUGCUAAAAAUGAUGGUAAUAUUCCUAUUCCUAAGCUUCAAAGACCAUCUCAAACAAGUUCAGAGUUUCUUUAUUUGGGUACUUUAGUAAAUUCCCAUGGUGAAGUUGAAACACAUAAUCCUCAAAACCGUAGUACUAAUAAUAGUAACCCUAACCCUAGUUCUGAUAGAAAAAUGGACUCACCUGAGCUCCGUCCAUUACCGCCGUUAAUUGGACGGCAUAAUAAUAAUAAUAAUAAUAAUGUAAGACAAAAUUACGGAAGUACCCGGUUUUUUUCCGGUUCAGCUGAGAAUGACGUGGAUUUUUACUCUUCAGCUGGAUCUAUUGGUGGGUCAUUGUCAAGAAGAGAUUUUAAUGCUGUUGAAGCUGAGAAAUUUGAUAGCUCAUCUUCCGGGUCGGGUACAUCUUCGAGUUCCGGGUCGGGUUCUCCGGCCCGGUCUGUUUCGUUGAGCAUUUCGCCAACUGGGAGUUUGAGUCCGAAAAGGGAAAGUUCAUUCAGACCUAAGUCGCCGGAUUUGGUAGCUGUUAACACCGCUUUGCCACCUCAGUAUCCACCUCCUCCUCCUCCGCCACCGCCACGUCAGCAUGCCACGCCAGCUUUUGCUCCACUACCGCCACGUCAUCCUCCACCACCGCCACCUGCGAAGAACGUGGAAAGCCCGAAAAUACCCUCGGGUUUAUCGUCAAACGCAGUGUUCGACAAUUCAGUUGUUGAAACUCCUUUGAAACCCAUAGCAAUGGAGUUGCCUUCUAUUUUGGAGCAUACGGAGAAAAAUGAAGAGGUGAAACCAAAGUUGAAAACAUUGCAUUGGGAUAAAGUGAGAGCAAGUUCGGAUCGGGAAAUGGUGUGGGAUCAACUCAAAUCAAGCUCAUUUAAGUUGAAUGAAGAGAUGAUAGAGACAUUAUUUGUUGCGAAGACUACUACUUUGAGUACAAACGAAACAGCUAGACGCGCUGUUCUUCCUUCACCAAGAGAAGAGAAUAGGGUACUUGAUCCAAAGAAGUCGCAAAACAUUGCAAUUUUGCUGAGGGCCCUGAAUGUAACCACAGAGGAAGUAUGUGAAGCCCUUUUAGAAGGAAAUGCUGAAAAUAUUGGGAGUGAGCUUCUUGAGAUAUUAUUGAAGAUGGCUCCAUCCAAAGAAGAAGAACGUAAGCUAAAAGAAUACAAAGACGAUUCUCCAUUCAAGCUCGGGCCAGCAGAGAAGUUUCUGAAAGCAGUGCUUGAUAUACCUUUUGCAUUCAAAAGGGUAGAUGCUAUGCUGUAUAUAUCAAAUUUCAAUUAUGAGGUUGACUACCUCAGAAAGUCAUUUGAAACUCUAGAGGCAGCAUGUGAAGAGUUGAGAAGUAGCAGAAUGUUCUUAAAGCUUCUAGAAGCGGUGCUGAAGACGGGAAACCGAAUGAAUGUUGGGACAAACAGGGGUGAUGCUCAUGCCUUCAAACUGGACACACUGCUAAAGCUUGUAGAUGUCAAGGGAGCAGAUGGGAAAACAACUCUCUUGCAUUUUGUGGUUCAGGAGAUUAUAAAAGGUGAAGGUGCUCGUCUUUCUGGAGGAAACCAGAACGGACAGUCUACCACUAAUGAUGACAUUAAGUGCCGGAAACUUGGCCUCCAGGUUGUUUCCAACAUUAGUUCAGAACUUAUAAAUGUUAAAAAAGCUGCUGCCAUGGAUUCAGAAGUGCUACACAGCGAUGUUUUAAAGCUUUCUAAGGGGAUUGGAAACAUUGCUGAGGUUGUAGGAUCGAUUGAAGCAGUUGGAUUGGAGGAAAGCAGUACUAAAAAAUUCUCCGAGACCAUGAACAGCUUUAUGGAAGUAGCUGAAGAGAAGAUUGUAACGCUCCAAGCUCAAGAAGCGUUGGCCAUGUCUCUGGUGAAAGAAAUAACCGAGUAUUUCCAUGGAGAUUCAGCUAGAGAAGAGGCUCACCCUUUCAGAACCUUCAUGGUGGUCAAAGACUUCCUAAUGAUUCUUGAUCGGGUUUGCAAGGAAGUCGGAAUGAUCAAUGAGAGGACAGUAGUUAGUUCGGCGCAUAAAUUUCCAGUUCCAGUUAAUCCAAAUCUACAACCUGUCGGGUACCCAGCUAAACGGCAGCAUAGUUCGUCUGAUGAGGAAUGUUCCUCUCCUUAGUAGCCACAUAUUUGAUCAUAACGGGCAACCCCUAGUUUUUGCUUUUGGCCAAAACCAAUGUAAUCUACUAUAAAGGCCUUAUAAGAGUUUGGCCGAGAUUGUGCACCACGAAUUUUCGGGUAGAUGUGAACUCUUUGUUUCUUUUUGUAUGUUGUAGUUAUAUAGAUCAUUGUAUAAGAUAUUGGAAAUUCUUUAUCCUUUUGAUAUGUA